CAACAACUCAAAGUCUUCAAGUCUUCAAAACAUUUCAUCUUUGUACAACUUUUUUCUUCCCUCCUGAAUUAGUUAAAUUUAUCAUAUCCUAUAAUGGCGAUCCGUCUUCUUCGAGUUAUUCAAGCUAAGCAACUCUUGAAGCGGGCUAAUUCUUUCACCUCGAAAAAUGCUUUAUGGUUUGACGUUCCAAAGGGGUAUUGUGCAGUUUAUGUUGGAGAUAGUGAUGAGAAGAAAAGACACGUGAUUCCGAUUGCUUAUUUGAACCAUCCCUCAUUCCAGCAAUUGCUGAGCCAAGCUGAGGAAGAAUUCGGUUAUGAUCAUCCAAUGGGAGGUUUGACGAUCCCAUGCAGAGAAGACAUCUUCAUUGAUCUAACUUUUCGAUUCAAUAGGAAUUAACUAAUAGUAGUAGGUUAUACUAAGAUAGUCUGUAACCUGAGCUGAGAUUAUAUAUGAAGCCAUUUUGUAACUUAGAAUGUAGAGGAAAAAGAAGUAGAGAUUGCUUAUGUACAUUAUGUUAUCAAAUGAAAUCAGUCACAAAUUUAAAGUUUAAUCUUCA